GUGAGCUUGUAGGCACGAAGAGCUAUGGAUAUGAGGACACACUUGGCUGAUGACUAAUCCGCGGACCCUCAGCGUCUUCUUAUGAGAGGGAUAAUUUAUACUGAAAACUUUAUCAAACAUCCAGAGCUGACAGAUUAUCUUUAAUCCUCUCAUAGAGGAGUCACUGGAAACCUGUUUGUCAGUUGUCAUUGCGCGUUUUGGCACUCUUGGUAAUGCGAGGACAGACGCUGUUUUCUAUCUGUUUUUGAUCUUUUGGCAUCAUUUUCGACCAGUUUUGACUAACUCCAUGUCACAGAACACGACAGGAAUAGAAUUUCCAACUGGAUUUAAAAGUUUUUAAAUCAAAAUUUUUAAUCAACUUCUCUUUGCGCGUCUGGAAGCUGCACGGGGAUGGCGCAAAGGUAUGAUGAGCUCGGUCAUUACGGAGGUGCGAUGGAUGGAGUGGGAGUCCCUGUUUCAAUGUACGGAGACCCUCAUGCCCCACGGCCCUUGCCCCAGGUCCACCACCUGAACCAGGGGCCUCCCCCGCACCCGACGCAGCACUAUGGAGCCCACGCACCGCACAGCCUCCUGCCCGGCAGCAUGGGCAGCGCCGUGAACGACGCGCUGAAGAGAGACAAGGACCAGAUUUACGGCCACCCUUUAUUUCCUCUGCUGGCUCUGGUGUUCGAGAAGUGUGAGCUGGCUACCUGCACGCCCAGAGAGCCCGGGGUGGCGGGAGGAGACGUGUGCUCCUCCGACUCCUUCAAUGAAGAUAUAGCCGUGUUUGCUAAACAGAUGCGAGCAGAAAAGCCUUUAUUUUCUUCCAACCCAGAGCUGGAUAACCUGAUGAUUCAAGCGAUUCAAGUUCUACGAUUUCAUCUCUUGGAGUUAGAGAAGGUUCAUGAGUUAUGUGAUAACUUCUGCCACCGGUACAUCAGCUGCCUCAAAGGUAAAAUGCCCAUCGACCUGGUCAUAGAGGAACGAGAUGUCUGCAAGUCGGACUAUGACGACCUCUCAGGAUCCUCCACCAACCUCGCAGAUCACAAUCCAGCGUCCUGGAGAGACAUGGAUGACACCCAUUCCACUCCCUCCGUGGGCACCCCAGGACCAUCCAGUGGGGGACACGUCUCCCAGAGUGGUGACAACAUCAGCGAACUUGGGGAGGCCAUUGACAACAGUCUGGCAUCACCGGGUACAGGAGACGAAGAUGACCAGGACAAGAAAAGACAGAAAAAACGAGGCAUCUUCCCCAAAGUGGCCACAAAUAUAAUGAGAGCAUGGUUAUUCCAGCACCUUACGCACCCAUACCCUUCAGAAGAACAAAAAAAGCAGCUAGCACAAGACACAGGUCUCACCAUUCUUCAAGUAAACAACUGGUUCAUCAAUGCAAGGAGAAGAAUAGUCCAGCCUAUGAUUGACCAGUCCAACAGAGCAGUGAGUCAGGGUACAGCUUAUAGUCCAGAUGGCCAGCCAAUGGCAGGCUUCGUUCUUGAUGGGCAACAGCACAUGGGUCUCCGACCUGGAGGGCCAAUGAAUGGUAUGGGUAUGAAUAUGGGGAUGGAUGGACAAUGGCACUACAUGUAAAUUCACUCCACUGAGGUCUCCAGUGUUGGCUCAGGGAUCUACUUCCAUCUGGCUGUGCAGCUCAGCACCAGAACUGCCACUGCAAGUCACACCCACCUGACCAUACAACAGCCUGACCACUCCCACCUCAUUUUGCCCAAGCCAGCAUGGCACACACCUGUAGAGGAUCACCAUGGACAGGCCGGACCUCAGUGGUCGCCAGCGAACUUCGACUUAGGUGAACUUGGUGGGAGCAGCUGCACAGAAAAUAAAAAUACCAAGGACUUAGGAUCACCAAGGACCAUAGUAAAGCAAGGCAGAAUGAUACACAAUUUCCUUUUAAUUAAUUAAUUUAUUUAUAUUUUUUACAUCGUUUUUCUUUUUUCUACUUUGCUCAGUAAAGCUUCAUCCCCAAAAGCAGAAAUGAAAUACACCCACCCCCUCCAAAUGAAACGGUACAAAGAAAAUCACACACAGGCCCUCUCCUAAAUUAGGACCAACAAGCAGAGAAGAAAAAUAAAACACGGUGGACGAUGUUUUCAGAAACUGGAGGGCUGGUUAACGAUUUUAAUUGUUGUGCUUUUUGUGCUUUUGAUUCGGUUGUUUCUUUCCAUGUUUGUGCUUGCGAUUACUAGAAGUUAGACUGAGCUUCAACCAUCGACAUGUUCUUUUUAAAAUUCCCGACUCAAAGUAAGAUUUUAUAAUAAACAAAAUCACUGAA